AUGCAGCAGGCAAUCGCCGACGGAGACUCAUCUCCCCUGUCAUCCAUCGACGAGCGAUUUAAGCUGUCCUCGCCGUGGUUGACAAAGAGGUCUUCUGGGCUUCGCGAUGAGACGCUGCCUGAUCAAACUGCGGCUGGCAAGGAGGAUCAAAGCACACAACCCGCCGUGAACACGCAGCCACCAGAGGUCGAGGCAAGCGAGAUACCAGACCACGAGUGCCGGAAUGAUGGAUCUGGGGGGUCUUCCCAGCUGUCCUCUGACCCUACACCCACGGGCACACAUGGCGACGGUGUGAAUUCUCGGGCUACACACCCGGCACCUGGACGGAAAGCGCAGCAAACUGCACAUCAAGCAAAAAAGCCGUCGGCGCAGCGUCGACUCAAGAAACCUAGGUGGGACGCAGAGACCAUCAUUUCCGACCCAAGGUCUCCGCUAGCGAAAGCUGAUCUCCGGAGCUUGCUCUCUAAUCACAAGGCCUGGGACUGCCUUGACGCCAAAGAAAAGGCGGAAAUCGUAGCCCUCUUUCCCGAUCAAGAAGCAGUGAUUCAUGGAGGAUCAGGAGAGGCAAGACCAGAUUUUGGCGUUCUCCGGAACGACGACACUUUUCGAUUGGACUGCGCUACCUACGUCGACAAUGUGGCUCAAGGCAGAUUCGACCCCGACUGGUUGACGUCAGCCUGGACAGCGCACGAACGCCGCAAGAUGGGCGAUUUUGAUCAAUACAUGAUCGACAAAUUUGAGGAAGACUGGGCCACGGAGUUGCCUGACGAGUUCAAGCCAGCGAGAGCGCAACAGUCGCAGCACGCGACGAAAGAGGCUGCCGCGGGAAACGGCGCUGAUACGAAUCGACACAAUGACGAUGGAAAAGAUGGAGCAGAGAGUCUGAAGAGAGGUUUACCGGCUAUUGGUGGCGAAGACAGCCCCAAGAAGGCCAAAGGUCCCAACGGCGAGGCGGCGAGGCCCGUCGUCGACGACAGCACCAUGGACCAGGUGAUGUCCGAAGAACAGGGUGCGCACUCUAGCGCAAUGAGCUCCCCUGCGCCUGAGAAGAACGUUCUGGACUCGUUGGAACAAACCGCGCAGCCUGUCGUGGACGAGUUUGUCACUCGAGCAAAGAUAUCAAAGUCCAAAGUCAUAUUCUGCUCUUUCGAGACAUUCAGGAAACCCAAGGAUGUGGACUGCUUCAUCAGAGCAUCCGGCAAGGAUCUCCAGUCCGUGAGGGCGGAGCUGGUGGCUCAAUAUCCGGCAUUCGACCCCAUAGCAGCCAGGGACAAAGCGGCUCAGAGGACCAUUGUAAUUAUUGACUCAGUCAAUAGUCUAGCAUCGUCAGAUCCUGAAGCGCUCGCCAUGUUUCUCACGACCAUCAUCACGCCAGGUAUCUCACUCAUCGCCACACAUCAUGUCGACGUGCCCAUCGUCCUCCCAAAAUCGUGGAACGAGUACGAACCGCAUCCCUUCACCAUACUCUGCCAUCUUGCGACGGCCAUCCUACGUCUAUCAAAUCUGCAGCAGGAGAUCGAGCGACAAAAGGCCCGGAAUCGCAGUCUCGUGGAACCGGAAUGGGGCUUGAAGGAGGAAAGGGAAGGUGUGCUUUUCGGUCUCGUAGAGACACCCAAGAAAGAGCUGGGCGUCGUCGUCGCCAUGGAAGUCCGCCGUCGAAGUGGACGUACGGUGUCGGAGCAAUUCAUCCUCACGCCCAGUCCACCACGACCAGGCAAACUCAUGCUCCUCACAGAUCACGACGUGUUUGCGGCACCUAUGGAUGAGGAGACAGCAGGGGGCGAGAAUGGAGAGGAGCAGCCCGAGAGUACUUUUAGUCUUGGUCUCACGGACAAGCAAAGGAAGGAUCGCGAGGGCAUUGUGCUGCCGUACUUUGACGCGCAGACAGACAUCGGGGCUGGCGAGGGCGGGAGGAUACUGUACGAGAUGGGGCGGGAAGAUGACUUUGAUGACGAAGAGGACGAGAUAUAG